AUGGAGCUUCUUCCUUCGCCCUCCCCGCACCGCCCGCGGGUCAUCUACGGCGCGAGCGCGCCCAGGCCACCGCAGAGGCCGACGGCGCACGAAGGGAAGGGAGCAACGGAGUGCGACAUUCUCCUGAACUCGCUUUUGCAGGAAGAGCGUCGCGCAGCUGCGUACGAGGAAGAGGUCGACGCAUUCCUCUCCGUCUUGCUGGGUCAGCGAGAGGUUCGGGAGAGGCAAGAAGAAGUCCAGGUCGAGCUACUCUGCGACUUCCGCCAGCAGCAGACGCAGCUGACAUCAGCCACGGGGAACGUGCGAGAGCGGCUGAGGCGUGUCGAGGCGCGCACUGCGGCCAUGGCUGCUGUCGUCCGCGAGCUGGAAACCGAAAAGCAACACUUGGAGGAAGCCAAGGGCAUUGUCAACGGCAUUCUCCAACUGAGGACGCUGAAAGACCAGCUGGCUGCCGCGUUGACUCAGGCGAAUCUUCUCGAUGCGACGGAGGCCGCUUGCCGCGCGCAGCAGAUCCGCGCGUUUUUCGCCUCUGUUGACGCGCGCUACGCGACGCCGACUGCCUCUCGCGCGCUGCCGCGCGCGCCCUCGUCGCCUGGUCAGGCAGCCCCUGUCCCCGCCCCCCAGUCUGCCGACACGGAGGGGCUGGGGGCCCUGGGGCCCGCGCCCCCCCCCCCGCGGUUGUGCACUGUCGAGGCCGCUGUCCUUCAUCAGCUUCAGGAGCUGCAAGCCCAGUUGACAGAAGGCCUUUCGCGCCGUGUGGCGGCCGCGUGCGUCAGCGCCACGCGCGAGCAGCGUGCGGCCCGACGGCGGGCGGUCGCGGGGGGCGCCGACCGCGACGCGGAAGGCGAGGGCGCGUGCAAGCUCGACAGGGGGCGUGCAGAAACUGAGGGGGGGAUCGAGAGGGGGGGGGGGGACGCAGACGCAGGCGGGCAGCUCUCCGGCGCCGGUCCGCGCGGAGAGUGGAAGAAAGACUUGGCUGCCGCGUUCGCUCUGCUGCGCGCGCUGCAGCUGCACCAGGACGCACUUCAGCGCUUUGUCGAGCUCCUCCGCGCGCAACUGGCUGACACUGCGGCGCGCCGUUUCAAAGUCCUGCUGCAACUGCAGAAGCAACACUCGACGCGGCAUUGCGCCGGAGACGCACUCGCGGCCUCCAACGGGAGUCAGGACCAUCUCCACAGCGCGGCCUUCGCGCAGCUCUCCAGCGAAGUUGCAGAAAUGAUCGUUCAUCACGUGAAAGCUCUGGAGGCGGCGGCUGCUGCGGCGCCUCCGUGCGGGUCGUGUGGCGCGAACGUGAGCAUGAGCGGCGAGGCCGCGGCCGCAGGCCUCUUCGCAAUCGUCGCCCUGCGCCAGGAGACCGACAUCCAGAGUGUGCGCAUUCUCAACCAUUUCUCAGACUGCAACGAAGACGUCCUGGCCAUGAAGGUGGGCGAAAAGCAGACGACGACUAGUCUCCGACGCGUGGACUGUGUCUUGUCCGAGAUCGUGGCGCUGAGCGCGUGCUGCAUGCGCCUCCACCGGCGCUUCAGAGUCGCGGCUGCGCGCAGAGGCUCGUCUCUGCUCCUUCAGCCGCAGCUCGACGGCCCGCAGGAAGGCAAGGACGGCGACGCUGCGGCGCAGGAGACGCAAAAGAAAACAGGAAAAAGCUCGACGUGGACCCCGACUCUCGUCGAGUUCGUCCGACAGUGCUCGGCUUGCGGGGAUCUCGCCUUCCAAGGCUCUCCGCUGAUGAAGGGCCGCGAGGAGCUCAUGGCGCACUACGUCUCGCUGGAGAAUGCGUUCAUCAUCGGCUCUGUGGACCAAGCUUUGAACGUCGCAGACGAGAUUCCGCUGCUCCCGGCUGGCGCGCGGGCGGAAGAGGUCGAGGUGGGCGGCGACGGGUUCGCGCCGUGGGGGGCGUUUGGGGGGGAGAAGGAGGAGGAGGAGGACGACGAGCGGCUCUACUCCACGGUCAUCGACGACGUGUUUUUCAUCCUCACCAAGAGCGUCCUGCGGGCGAUCAACAGCCUCGACGUCUUGGCGGUCUGCGCCGUCGUGAACAACGUCUGCGCCGUCCUCUCCUCCGACGUCAAGGCCAAACUCCGCCGAAAUCUCGAAGAGAGCAAAGCGUACUACGCGAACUACAUCAAGCAUGAGCCGCACGCGCUGCGCUACUCGCUCGGGGAGAGCUUGCGAGAGAUUUUUGGGCGCCGCGAAGGCCAGCCACCGGAGAGUCUCAAAGUCCGGGGUGUCACGCCGGAGAGUAGAGAAGCGUCUGGCGCGCAGGCCAGCGCGGCGGGGCUGCGGGGCCGCGGGGCCGACGGAGGCGCUGCGGACGGGAGGGCAUGUGUUUUCUGGGUUGGUUGGCGAGACACCCAUCAAGUUGCGAGCGAAGCGUGUGCCGUGGCGUUUGCAGGCUCCUCCUACAGCUGGCCCCACAGCGUCAACAACGUCGCUCUGGCGGUUGAGACUCUCAAGAAAUUCAAAGACCGCGUUGCGAGGGACUUCGCAGAGGCCUUCGCGCGCCGCCGAAAGGCGGAGACAGAGGACGCCGGCGGUGACGAGGCGCGCGAUCUCCAAGAUGAGCAGAGUGACGGCGAAACGACAGACGGGGUCUCGGAGGCGGAGGAAGAUGAGGCGCCUGAAGACGCGCCGCGAGGAGAGCGUGGCGCGGCCAGCCAGCAGGCGGCGAAGGCGGGCACAGGGGCCGCGAACGAUUUGAUGAUGUUUCAGUACACGCUGCAGGCGGUGGAUGGGGUCGUUGAAGAGCUCCAGGGCCUGCACGAGCGCUGCUGCAGGGUCACGCUCAAGUUUGUUCAGCCGCAUCUGCACCGCGGCCUCGAUUUGCUGCACAACGCGGUCUUCGAAAUCCACGAAGACAACUCCUGCGGCGGGACCGCGGGCGGCGACGAAAGCGCUGGUCUUGGCGGACAGACGCUGGGCAGCCGCGGGGACUUCAUGGACGGAGGCGAGGGCGGCGACGAGCGCCUUCUUCAGGAGCGCUGGCGGCUGCAGCUGCAGCGCGGCUUGGCGAUCAUUCUCUCUCACGUGGGUCGCGAGUACGACCGGCCCACGCAGAAUCUGUGCUGCUCUCUGCUGCUGCAAGUGCUCGCGACUAAGAUGGAGACUCUUCUCCUCGACAAGACGUACACGGCGCUGGGCGGCCUUCAGUUGAGCGCGCAGCUGCGGCGUUUUCUGCAGCAGGUCUCGGCGCUGCACCACGCCUCGGGGGCGGGGGCCUCCGUGCUAGGGGGGCAGGGCGUCGGCCGCGCGCCACUCGCCUCGCGAAGGAACCUGCUGGACUUCUCCUCGGCUGCCGUCUUCAGAAAUGGCAGCUCAGCGCUUGACGCGGGCGCCAGUCUCUUCGGCGCCCUCGCGGCGGCGGCGGCCGGUGCAGGCGACAACGCGGUCGACGAGGCCGAGCAGGGCGAGGGGGCCCUGGCUAGAGUCCGGAUCUUCUGCGACUCUCCCAUUCGACCGAAAUUUGGCCGUCUGCUGGAAAUCAGCGAACUGCUCGGUUUAGGGAGCCUCGACGAGCUUCUUGACAUUUGGGGUCCGUCGUCUGGCAAGUUCUGGCGUCUCUCCGUUGACGAAAUCAAAAAGGUCCUGGCGCGUCGAGUAGAUUUAACGAAGGACGACAUCGAGGCGUUUUUCGAAACGCAUCAAGGGAAAUGA